GAAGCAAAAUUGGACUGGCCAUAGAUUCAUCAAUCAUGAAGACUUUCCUGUGGGUCGCCCUCCUCUCACUCUUCGCCGUAGCGUAUGGUGCUACGCUGACACCACAAGUUGCCGCACACAGACCUGUUCUUAUAAAGGGUGAAGCAGAUGCACUCCAAAAAAGUGGCAAAACGCUGGAAACUUUGGGCAGGCUCCUGCAGGGCGAGAGUGUUGGCUUGACCGAUGAGGAGCAGGAAGACUUCAUUAAGGCCCUACAGAUCGCAUCCAGCAAUGGCGAAGUUUUGGCUGAAGACGGCUCGGAGUACGUACUACCAAUCAUCAUUCGCGGCGUUGCCCAAGGUGUCAUCGCUCAUGUUGUCCAGAAGAAGCUGAACAAGGGCUAAAGACAAUCUCCUUGCUAAAACCUCAAACUGCUUUUCACAUUCGUUUGGCAGAUGCGCCCUAUCCUGUGCCAUCUUUUAACAGCCAAUAAAAGCAAGUGGCUUAUUUUGAAUUCCACAGAGUCAAGUUCUAUUUGAAGAAAUAAAAAUUCUCUGCAUACAAA